AUGGAGUCCGCAAUUCGCUGGUCGCCGAGCUCGUCCGCUGCGGAGCAGCGGUACCUCUCCGUGGACGUGACCGGCAAGUCAUUUCGUCUUUGCAGGGUAACUGGAUUCGAUGGCUGGAAUGUGCGCCAUGAUGUACUCUCUACUCUGACCAACGUUCCUCCUUUCCGCGCUUUCGAUUGGUCCACCUCCAACGAGAACCUCAUCGCUGUCGGCCAGUCGUCUGGCGAAGCUACGAUCUUGCGACUCGAUGCCGACCCCAAAGAAUCACUAUCUUUUCCGGUUCGCAAUCAGCGAUACUGUAAUGCUGUGGCCUUUAGCACACAUGGUCUGGUGGCUUCUGGUCUUGAUCGUGUUCGAAAUGACUUCUGUUUGAACAUCUGGGAUGUGAACCAGCGACUGGGUCCUUCUGGUGGUACCAGGGGUUUCCCUGAACCUCUGAGGAAACUGGCCAGCUCGGAACCCAUUACCAGUAUCAAGUUCUUCCGAGAUCAACCGGAUACGGUAGUGACUGGAGUGAAAGGCCAAUUCGUCCGGAUCUAUGAUCUUCGAGAGGGGCCCGGUAAUCCAUCUCUACAGUUCCCUACUCGAUGUGUUCACAACCUAGCGAUCGAUUGGCUGGACGAGAACUACAUCGCGUCAUGCACAACUGCAAAUGAGAGCACCAUAAGUGUGUGGGAUCGGCGCGUAGGAACUAGGCUCACCUCAACAUCUGUGGUAUCAUCAACAAGCAGUCCCGACUCCAACCAGGCGGCAGCCGCUCUGCAAUUGAAGGACGUGUUCAACUCCAAAACGUCCAUCUGGAGUGUACGCUUCUCCAAAACCAACCGAGGCUGCCUGGGCGCGCUCUCUAAUACCGGCCACUUCAAAACAUUUGAUAUCGCAAAGGAUCAUCUGUCUGAAGAAUUCCGUUCAUCAAUUGACGAGACUCUCGGUCAGGGCACUUUCAAGAACUACCCAGAGCCCAUUUACACAAAAUACGUCCGGGACGUGUGUGUGCCCUUCGAUCAUCCAACUCGAGGUUGUCAAGAGAAAGACAGGGUAGUGUCUUUUGAUUUCUUGAAUUUCCGGUUCACCUCACAAGCCAACGCAAUCGCACUGGAUGGCCAUGGACAGCCUCAUAUCGUCACCGGUCGCCCACCAUGUCCGCCCGUCUCUCUAUCCUCCCAGGGCGUCUUGGCUUGUGGUCUUUCGAACGGAAAUGAACGUUCCGAGUUCCGAACUAUCCAUCCUCUCUCUGAGAAAAUAUCUCCUAUUGCCGAACUCGUUGAAAAUAUCAGGACUCGUGCUCUAUCAAGCUCACCGAGAGAACAGGGAAAGGGGCUCUCUCUAGGUACAAUGGGAGCACUUUUGACCGCGAAGGAGGCCUUAACUUUGUCCACAGUCAACCAGUAUCGGGCUAAGGAGGGAUAUCUCUUUGACGAAGCACGAAACCAAAAGAUUGUGAAAGACGAUCCUGCCCUGCAGGAUUUUUGGGCAUGGGUUGAACGCGCCCGAAACGAUUCUGCUGGAUCAUCCAUGGUCGUACAUGGAGUAGACAUGAACUAUGUGGGCGUGAGCAACGUCUGGACCAAUGACCUAGGUUUGUCUCCCUUGCAAUUAGCGAUUUCGACCGAUUUAUCUGACAUUGGAGAAGGCGAAGGCUUUGAACGGCGCCGUGUUGGCUCGACUUCUGUCGAUCCAAAGCAAAUUAUCAAGCAUCUAGUCGAUCUGUUGAAUCUCCCAGAGGUCAAAGUAUGCGAUACGAAAUUCCCCGAACACCGUCGCCUCUGCUUGCGUCUUUGUGGAGCGGCUCAAUCCCAUAAGGAACUUGAGGAGUCUGUCCGGAACCUCUCGUCAGAAAACCAGCAUACUAAAGCUGCUGCACUGGCUAUCUUUCAAGACGAACCAAAACUGGCAUAUAUGGGCCUUCGAAGCAAUGAGCCUACCCAGGCUCAUAAGCUGUUGGCCAUGGCCAUUGCCGGUGCCGCAGGUGCUACGAAAGGCGAAAACAGUACCGAUUGGGAAGAAACGUGCGCCGAGAUUUCUAAAGAACUAACCGAUCCAUACUCGCGCGCAAUCCUUGCCCUCGUGAGCAAGGGUGACUGGCACGCCGUGAUUAAAGAGGACACUUUACCCCUGAAGUAUCGGGUCGAAGUUGCUCUUCGCUGGCUACCUGAUGAUGAAUUGACAAUCUAUGUGAAAGAGGCCACCGCGGAAGCAAUCAAGCAAGGUGACAUCGAAGGUAUCAUUCUCACAGGCUUGGGCCACUUGGCCAUUGGCCUGUUCCAAUCUUACAUCGAAAAGUUCAAUGAUGUCCAAACUCCAACCUUGGCCAUGAGCCAUACGGUUCCCCGGCUUAUUAGCCAUGAACCAUAUGUCGCCAAAUUUGAAGCAUGGCGCGAGACCUAUCGACGAUCGAUGAAUUCCUGGAAGCUCCAGCUGGAACGUGCCCGCUUCGAUGUCAACUCUCGGCGCUUCGCAGUCACUGUGGAUGGGCGCAAACUUGUCGCUCCACCGCCGCAGCAGGUCAGUCUAACCUGUAACUACUGCACCCGACCUCUCACCCAGCACGAUUCCUCCUCUCAAAUUUCUCCCUCGACCAGCGGUGAGACUGUCCAUCCCACUGUCGGCCACCCGCUCGGCCCCGGCGCCUUGUCUGGAACCGUCUGCCCUCGCUGUGGCCGCCACAUGCCACGUUGCGGCGUUUGCAACCUCUGGCUCGGCUCGCCCGAUCCAAAUUCGCGAGCUGGCAUUGCCGCUGAUGCGGAAGCUGGCUCUCGCAAGCCCACCCGGACCGAAGUGAUGCGGCGAUUCGUUGUCUUUUGCAUCAACUGUAACCACGGAUACCAUGCGGACCAUGCACACGAAUGGUUUGCCCGGCACCGAAUCUGCCCUGUCGCAGAGUGCAAUUGUAUCUGCGAUCGUUGA